AUGCCUGUACUUGGGGUUGCCUCCAAGCUAAGGCAGCCAGCCGUAGGGUCAAAGCCUGUUCACACUGCCCUCCCGAUACCCAACCUUGGUCCUGCUGGAUCUCAGCAGUACUCACCAAAGUCCUUGGAGCUUACUGGGGCAGAGAGCUCGAUGCUUUCUUGUCAGCUUGCAUUAAAGCCAAGCUGUGAUUUUGGAGAGAGGAAAGCACUUCAAGGAAGAACCCAGGAGAUCGAAGACAGCAAGAUUUACACUGACUGGGCUAACCACUACCUAGCGAAAUCUGGCCACAAGCGGCUGAUCAAGGAUUUGCAACAGGACAUUGCAGAUGGAGUUCUGCUAGCAGAAAUCAUCCAGAUCAUCGCAAAUGAAAAGGUUGAAGCUAUCAAUGGCUGUCCCCGGAGCCAGUCUCAAAUGAUUGAGAAUGUUGAUGUCUGCCUGAGCUUCCUGGCAGCCAGAGGCGUAAAUGUCCAAGGGCUUUCUGCAGAAGAAAUAAGGAAUGGAAAUCUGAAAGCCAUUUUAGGGCUGUUUUUCAGUUUGUCUCGGUACAAACAGCAGCAACAUCAUCAGCAACAGUACUACCAGUCUCUGGUGGAGCUACAACAGCAAGUCCCUUCACCUCCAGCAGAAAUUAGCCAGUCCAAAACACACCAAGAUAUGCAGUCAAGUCUCACAGCCAGAUAUGCAACUCAGUCUAAUCACAGUGGAAUUGCAACCAGUCAAAAAAAGACAUCUAGGCUUCCAGGACCCUCCAGGGUGCCAGCUGCAGGCAGCAGUACCAAAGUCCAGGGAGCUUCUAAUUUAAACCGGAGAAGCCAGAGCUUUAACAGCAUUGACAAAAACAAGCCUCCACAAUAUGCAAACGGGAAUGAAAAAGAUUCACCUAAAGGCCCUCACCCAUCUGCAGGCAUGAAUGGAAAUGUGCAGCAUCCCACCAGCACCGGGCAGCAGCAGGUCUCUGCCAUCCCCUCUCCGAGUGCCAGCAAGCCUUGGCGCAGCAAAUCCAUGAAUGUCAAACACAGCGCGACCUCCACCAUGCUGUCCGUGAAGCAACCAAGUCCAGCAACCUCCCCAACUCCUUCUUCAGAGAGGCUCAAGCCACCCCCUUCUGAAGGCAUCAAGCCCCCUUCAUCUGGACAAAAAUCUAUGCUGGAAAAAUUCAAGCUGGUUAAUGCCAGGACUGCUCUGAGACCUCCUUUGUCACUGAGCUCAGGACCCAGUGACAGUGGGAGAGAGGAUGAUACCUUUUCAGAGUCUGGGGAAAUGGAUGUCUUGAAUAGUGGGGUCAACAGUGGUGGCUCCACAAGUAGCAGUCCUAAAGUGUCACCGAAGCUCACCCCUCCGAAAGCUGGAAGCAAAAAUCUCAGCAAUAAAAAGUCUUUGCUACAGCCAAAGGACAAAGAGGAAAAGAACAGGGACAAAAACAAAGUUUGCACUGAGAAGACAGUCAAGGAAGAGAAGGAGCAGCUCACUGAAACAGCUACAAAAAAGAGCUCGAAAAUUGCAAGCUUAAUCCCAAAGGGCAACAAGACAGCAGCAGCCAAGAAGGAAAGUUUAAUUCCAUCUUCUAGUGGGAUCCCCAAACCUGGCUCCAAGGUGCCAACGGUGAAGCAGAGCGCUUCGUCGGUAUGCACGGGCAGCAAGGAGGCUGAAAAGCUGAGGACUACAAAAGGAAACCAGCCCCAGUCGACACCCAAAUCUCAGCUUAAUGAGAAGGCUUCUCCUUCCUCUGGUCUGGCUUCUUCUGAAGGGAAGGAACCGAGUGCAGCUGUCACCACAGGCUCCUCCGCACCCCUGCCAGCCUCCAUGUCUGCCAGCAGUGGCCAAGGCACAGGGAACGGUGCUGUGCAGCUUCCUCAGCAGCAGCAAUACAGUCACCCCAACACUGCCACAGUAGCUCCUUUCAUAUAUAGAACUCUCUCAGAAAACGACAGUACCUCUUUACCACCUGCUGACUCCUGCACCAGUCCUACUAAACUGGAUUUGUCAUUCAGUAAGACUGCCAAGCAAUGCUUAGAGGAGAUAUCUGGGGAAGACCCUGAAACAAGAAGAAUGAGAACUGUAAAGAACAUAGCAGACCUGAGGCAGAAUUUGGAAGAAACUAUGUCCAGCCUUAGAGGGACACAGAUAAGCCACAGCACCUUGGAGACAACCUUCGACAGCACUGUGACGACAGAGGUGAACGGGAGGAGCAUCCCGAGCCUGGCAAGCCGAUCCACCCCGGUGACCUGGAGGCUGGGGCAGGCCAGCCCUCGGCUGCAGGCGGGAGAUGCCCCAUCCUUGGGCGCUGGGUACCCUCGCAGCGGGGCGAGUCGCUUCAUCCACACAGACCCCUCCCGCUUCAUGUACACCACCCCCCUGCGCCGAGCAGCCGUUUCCCGGCUCGGAAACAUCGCCCAGAUGGACCUGAGCGAGAAAGGGGGUGGGGACCUGGACAUGGCCUCUGAAGUUGAUGUCGGUGGUUACAUGAGCGAUGGGGACAUCCUGGGGAAGAGCCUCAGAGCUGAUGACAUCAACAGUGGGUACAUGACAGAUGGAGGACUCAACCUGUACACAAGGAGUCUGAACCGGAUACCAGACCUGACUGCUUCGCGAGACAUCAUUCAGAGAGGGGUUCAUGACGUGACUGUGGAUGCAGACAGCUGGGAUGACAGCAGCUCUGUUAGCAGUGGCCUCAGUGACACUCUUGACAACCUCAGCACAGAUGAUUUGAAUACCACCUCAUCUGUCAGCUCUUAUUCCAACAUAACUGCCUCUUCAAGGAAGAACACUCAUCUGAAGACAGACUCAGAGAAGCGCUCAGUUACGGACAGCGAAACGUGGGGCAGCACUGAAGAACUGAAGAAACCAGAGGAAGAAUUUGACAGCAGCAUUGACAGCAGUGGCAAGUGGAAAGGCCUUCCCUCAGGGCUGUCUGAAGAUUCAGAGAAGGGAGGGCAGAAAGCAUCUCUCCCUGUUUCACAGACCGGAUCCUGGAGGAGAGGCAUGACUGCACAAGUAGGAACAACUCAGUCCAGGCACAAAGUAGGAACAAGUGCACUCAAGACCCCAGGAAAAACAGACGAUGCCAAAGCUUCAGAAAAGGUGAAAACUCCCCUGAAAGGACCCUCCAUCCAGCGCUCUCCGUCAGAUGCAGGGAAAAGCAGCGGCGACGAAGGGAAAAAGCCGCCCUCGGGCAUCGGGAGAUCAACUGCUACAGGCUCCUUUGGCUUCAAGAAGUCUGGGAUGGGAUCUUCCACCAUCAUCACCACGAGUGGUGCAACUAUCACGAGCGGGUCGGCGACUCUAGGAAAGAUGCCCAAGUCGUCCGCCAUGGGCGGGAAGUCCAACGCGGGGCGGAAAACAAGCCUGGAUGGUUCCCAGAACCAGGACGAUGGCGUCCUGCACAUGAACUCCAAGACCACCUUGCAGUAUCGAAGUUUGCCUCGCCCCUCGAAAUCCAGCGGCAGUGGCAUCCCCGGCAGGGGCGGCCACCGCUCCAGCACCAGCAGCAUCGACUCCAACGUCAGCAGCAAGUCUGCAGGGGCUGCUGCUACCAAACUGCGGGAGCCAAGCAAGAUCGGGUCUGGGCGCUCCAGCCCUGUCACCGUCAACCAGACCGACAAGGAGAAAGAGAAGGUGGCCGUGUCCGACUCGGAGAGCGUCUCCCUGUCCAGCUCUCCCAAAUCCAGCCCGACUUCGGCAAGCGCCUCUGGCACGCCGGGACUCAGGCAGCCGGGCUCCAAAUACCCAGAUAUCGCCUCCCCCACCUUCCGCAGGUUGUUUGGUGCCAAGGCAAGUGGUAAAGCUGCCUCUGCACCCAGUACUGAAGGUGUGAAACCCACAUCGGCAAUGCCCAGCCCUAGUACCACCUUGGCACGGCAAGGCAGCCUGGAAUCGCCGUCCUCGGGCACAGGCAGCAUGGGCAGUGCAGGUGGGCAAAGUGGUAGCAGCAGCCCCCUCUUCAAUAAACCUUCGGACUUAAAUGCAGAUGUUGUAAGCUUAAGUCACUCCUUGGCUUCCAGUCCUGCCUCAGUGCACUCUUUCACAUCAGGUGGUCUUGUGUGGGCUGCAAACCUGAGCAGCUCUUCAGCGGGCAGUAAGGACACACCAAGUUACCAGUCCAUGACUAGCCUCCACACCAGUUCCGAGUCUAUUGACCUUCCUCUUAGCCAUCAUGGCUCUCUCUCUGGACUGACAACAAGCACUCAGGAGGUUCAGAGCCUGCUCAUGAGGACUGGAAGCGUCAGAUCUACUCUUUCGGAAAGCAUGCAGCUUGACAGAAAUACACUACCCAAAAAGGGAUUAAGGUACACUCCGUCAUCCCGGCAGACGAGCCAGGAGGAAGGCAAAGAAUGGCUACGCUCCCAUUCCACUGGAGGCCUGCAGGACACUGGCAGUCAGUCCCCGCUCGUUUCUCCUUCAGCCAUGUCUUCAUCAGCAACUGGAAAAUAUCAUUUUUCCAACCUGGUGAGCCCCACCAACCUCUCUCAGUUUAACCUUCCUGGACCCAGCAUGAUGCGCUCAAACAGCAUCCCUGCACAAGACACUUCCUUUGAUCUGUAUGAUGACUCCCAGCUGUGUGGCAGUGCUACAUCCUUAGAAGAGAGACCACGAGCCAUUAGUCAUUCAGGUUCAUUCAGGGACAGCAUGGAAGAAGUACACGGGUCCUCAUUAUCACUUGUCUCCAGCACGUCCUCCCUCUACUCUACAGCAGAAGAAAAGGCACAUUCAGAGCAAAUUCAGAAACUACGGAGAGAACUGGUUGCAUCACAAGAGAAAGUUGCUACCCUUACAUCUCAGCUUUCAGCAAAUGCUCAUCUAGUAGCAGCCUUUGAGAAAAGCUUGGGAAACAUGACAGGUCGCUUGCAAAGCCUAACAAUGACAGCUGAACAAAAGGAAUCUGAGCUGAUAGAGCUAAGGGAAACCAUUGAAAUGCUGAAAGCCCAGAAUUCUGCUGCACAAGCUGCUAUUCAAGGAGCUUUGAAUGGUCCUGAUCACACUCACAAAGAUUUACGUAUAAGGCGGCAACACUCUUCAGAAAGUGUUUCCAGCAUCAACAGUGCUACCAGCCAUUCAAGCAUUGGCAGUGGUAAUGAUGCUGACUCCAAGAAAAAGAAAAAGAAAAAUUGGGUGAACUCUAGAGGAAGUGAGCUAAGAAGCUCUUUCAAACAGGCCUUUGGAAAGAAGAAGUCCACCAAGCCUCCUUCUUCACAUUCAGACAUCGAAGAGCUGACAGACUCCUCUCUUCCUUCAUCACCCAAAUUGCCCCACAGCUCAGGAGAGUGUGGGGCAACAUCAAUGAAACCAUCACAGUCAACCUCUGCGAUCUGUGAGUGCACAGAGGCAGAGGCUGAGAUUAUUCUUCAGCUGAAAAGCGAGCUGAGGGAGAAGGAGCUGAAAUUAACAGACAUCCGUCUUGAAGCCCUCAGCUCCGCACACCAUCUGGAUCAGAUUCGGGAAGCCAUGAAUCGCAUGCAGAAUGAAAUUGAGAUAUUGAAAGCUGAAAAUGAUCGUUUAAAGGCAGAGACUGGAAAUACUGGCAAGCCUGCCCGGCCAUCCUCAGAGUCUUCGAGCAGCACAUCAUCCUCUUCCUCACGCCAGUCACUAGGGCUCUCUCUGAACAAUUUAAACAUCACUGAGUCUGUAACGUCAGAUAUUUUGUUGGAUGAUGCCACUGAAGGAGCACUCCACAAAGAAGGUCACAGCGUGAGAAUUUUAGUCACUAUAAACAAGGGCUACAGUCGAGCCAAGGAUCAAAAGCCACAUACCUAUCUGAUAGGAUCGAUUGGAGUCAGUGGAAAAACCAAGUGGGAUGUUUUAGAUGGGGUGAUCAGACGCCUCUUUAAGGAAUACGUUUUCCGAGUGGAUCCAACUACUAGCCUGGGUUUAAGCUCUGACUGCAUUGCCAGCUAUUGUAUAGGGGAUGUAAUUAGAGCCCAUAGCCUAGAAGUGCCUGAACUGCUGCCUUGUGGAUAUCUGGUUGGAGAUAAUAACAUCAUCACUGUGAACCUGAAAGGAGUGGAAGAAAACAGCCUGGACAGUUUUGUGUUUGACACCUUAAUUCCAAAGCCAAUCACCCAGCGGUAUUUUAAUUUACUGAUGGAGCAUCGCAGAAUUAUUCUGUCAGGACCCAGUGGCACAGGAAAGACUUACUUAGCUAACAGGCUGGCUGAGUAUGUCAUCACUAAGUCUGGCAGGAAAAAAACUGAGGAUGCCAUUGCAACUUUUAAUGUGGAUCACAAGUCAAGCAAGGAUCUGCGCCAAUACCUGGCAAACCUAGCUGAGCAAUGCAGUGCUGACAACAAUGGUGCUGAUCUCCCUGUGGUCAUCAUCCUUGAUAACCUCCACCACAUCAGUUCACUAAGUGACAUCUUCAAUGGUUUCCUCAACUGUAAAUAUAAUAAAUGUCCCUACAUUAUUGGAACUAUGAACCAGGGAGUUUCUUCUUCACCAAACCUCGAGCUGCAUCAUAAUUUCAGGUGGGUGCUGUGUGCUAAUCACACAGAGCCUGUGAAAGGUUUCUUGGGCAGAUAUUUGAGAAGGAAGCUGAUUGAGACUGAGAUAGAGAAGAACAUGCGCAAUAAUGAGCUCAUCAAAAUCAUUGACUGGAUCCCCAAAACGUGGCAUCAUCUCAACAGCUUCCUAGAAACACACAGCUCUUCAGAUGUAACCAUUGGUCCCCGCCUUUUCCUCCCUUGCCCUAUGGAUGUUGAUGGCUCCAGAGUGUGGUUCACAGACCUCUGGAACUAUUCACUGGUGCCAUAUCUUCUGGAAGCUGUGAGAGAAGGACUUCAGAUGUAUGGUAAGAGGGCACCCUGGGAAGAUCCCUCCAAGUGGGUAGCUGAUACCUACCCAUGGAGCUCUGCAUCUUUACAGCAUGAAUGGCCAUCACUACUCCACUUAAGACCAGAAGAUGUGGGUUAUGAAGGUUAUGCAUCUGCAAAGGAAGGGACAACCUCAAAGCACGUCCCACAGACUGAUACAGAGGGAGAUCCCUUGAUGAAUAUGCUAAUGAGGCUUCAAGAGGCAGCCAACUAUUCGAGUGCACAAAGCUGUGACAGUGAUAGCACCAGCCACCAUGAUGACAUUUUGGAUUCAUCCCUGGAAUCAGCUCUCUGA